CUGUGGCUCGGCGCGUGGGUGAGUAGCAUGUUAAGACCACGCACACCAGCGAGAGGAGAGAGAACAAGACAGGGCGUGUGUGAGAGAGAAAGAGGCAGCGAGAACGGUCGCGUUCGAAGCGGGACGUACGCUACAACAGCAGGGGUGCGCAGUCCAGCAGGGGCUGCGGCAGGCGGGGAGCACAACUUUAAGUUUACAACACAGGCGUGGUGCCACCGUAGCUGGUGGCUUCGGCUGGUGGCUUCGAUGUCGUGGUAUUCUUCUGACUCUCACGAUGAUAGCUGCAGCGACGAGGAGGGUGAGGAAUGCCCGGAGAUGACCCUGUUGGGCAACGUCAUAUUCUAUUGGGUAUGGGCGGGGUUUAUGACAAGCCUGUGUCUGCGGCUAAAAUAUUCUUCGUUCGCCAAGCCGUUCGUUGAUCGCAUCGGGAUUCUCCGAAGUGUUGCCAAUCGUUUUGGGCAGGCUGUCAGGAAUCCCGGUGCGCGGGCCCUCUUGGGCCUAACCCAGUUUUGUCUCGAGAUGGUUAUAUGCACUUUGCUGGGGCCCUUGCCCUUGGCGAUCCUGCUCUGCUGGUACUUCCACCACUUCUACGUAGUAGUCCCCCGACAAGCCGCGAGGGAGCGGGCGGUGGAACGCUUGCGAACGUUUCCGGGUCAGAGAAGGUGGCACGCGGGGGGCUGGCUGAUCAUGAUACGGGCGCGUCACCAAAGGUUCUUGGCAAGGCCCAAGGGCUGGCCUAUCAGGUUGCGGAAGCUCGAACGUUUCAACGAGGCCAACAUCGUCCAUAAGAUCCCUCCCGAGCUAGAGCUACUAGAGGCGGGAAGGUCUAGGAUGAACUUUGUCCGGGCGGUGACGGCGGUUGUAGAGAUUAACGAGGAAGGGUUGUUCCGCCACAUUAUUUCGUUCCUGUAAACAUGGUAUACUGCUGUAAAAAUCAGUCCCCAAUUGCAAAUUGGGGUCUCAGUUGUCGCGAGUACUAUACAAGCACAACAGAUUAUCGAUAUAUAUAUGUCCUCGUUGCCCCGAGAAGUUCACCAUUUAUGUGUCCCACUCGCUCGGAAUGACGCGGGGGGCACGUUGACCCUCCCGUGUUCCAUGUUUUCGUACUGUAACAAUCUUCCUGGAGUAUUUUUCGUCUGGGACGUCGAUCAUGGUAUCUCGUGGAGGUUUCCUUCC